CCCGGCGAGUUUGGGCCUUGAGGCCGGGAGAGAAGUGUUGACAGUGCUGGGCUGGCUGGCUCCGGUCGCGGACGCGGCGAGUUACACCGUUUUCCAAUCUGUCCGCGGACGCCGCCGCCCGAGACAAAGCCAGGAUGUUCGGGAUGCUGAGCAGCAGCUUUGAGGAUGACCCCUUCUUCUCUGAUUCUUUUAUUGCACACCGAGAGAGUAUGCGACAGAUGAUGAGAAAUUUUUCUGAACCUUUCGGAAGAGAUAUGUUCAGCAUCUCUGAUGGGAGACGAAGAGCUCGUAAUCAUACAGGACACGAGGAUGAGGAAAAUUCCCUGACCGCAAUGAGUUCUCUUUUGCCUUUUGGCAGUUUUGGUAAUAUGCGUACAGAUGUCAGCCCUUUUCAGGCAAUGGACCGAAUGAUGUUAAAUAUGCGAAACAGUAUGCAGGAAUUACAAAGAAACUUUGGUCACCUUUCAAUGGAUCCCAAUGGCCAUUCGUUCAGUUCUUCCUCAGUUAUGACUUAUUCUAAAGUCGGAGAUGAACCACCAAAGGUUUUCCAGGCCUCAACUCAAACUCGCAGGGCUCCAGGAGGAAUAAAGGAAACUAGAAGAGCAUUGAGAGAUUCUGAGAGUGGACUAGAAAAAAUGGCUGUUGGUCAUCAUCUCCAGGACAGAGCCCAUGUCAUUAAAAAGUCAAAGAACAACAAGACUGGAGAUGAAGAGGUCAAUCAGGAGUUCAUCAAUAUGAAUGAAAGUGAUGCUCAUGCUUUUGAUGAUGAGUGGCAAAAUGAGAUUCUGAAGUACAAACCAAGGGGACAAUGGCGCAACCUAGAAAACUCCAGGAUGCGAAGUGUUGGUCAUGAGAAUUCAAGAUCCCGAGAACUUAAAAGAAGGGAGAAACUUCUUCAAAGUCCAGCCAUUGAACAUGGAAGAAGAUCCAGUGUUUUUGAGGACAAACUCAACAUCAAAGGAUCACCUGUGAAAAUGAACAAAAAAUAAAUAGCAUCGCAUUUGAUUUGUUUAGUUUUUGGUUGUUUUAGCAGAGAAAGUUAUGGUGCUGGGUCAUACACAUAAGACCAAUCUCCUGUUGUUCAAUCAACACUGUUCUUAGCAACUUUCUUCUGAUAAUCUGAAUGUUCUUGGAAGUGCUAACCUUUAUAUUGUCCCCACUUUGGGAAUAAAACUUUGAUUUUCAGCAAUG